AUCGACAUAGCUCAGUACAGGUAGAUCGUCACUUGGCAGAACAGGUAGCUUGCACGGGGCGAAACGCCCAGACGGGACUCCUGACUAGCGAGCGAUUGGUUGUCUGCGGUCUCUGUUAUUCAGCGGCGCAUUCUAGACUUAUAGGUCGGCAUGUUGGGCCGUUUUAUGUCGUCAGCCCUAAGCUGCUCUUCUUCGGCACAUGAGCAUCGAACCGUCGUCGUCACCGCAUGUCAUGGACAUGGCGACGAUAGACGACGCCGCAGGUGACGAAGCGUACACAACCGUCGACGUCUGGAGCGAUGGGUUACUCUCAGAAUCCGACGGCAGGGAUCAGCUGAGCCUCGGCCGCACGGCUGGCCUGCCGUCCGAUGAUGACGACGACGGCUGCGGCGGCGUCGACGGCGGCGGCAAUUGCGACACGCGCUGCCUGCUGUUCGGCCGGAGCUGCUCGCGCUAUCGGCGCCGGCUUUGGUUCUUUUCCGCGCUCUCGCCGGCUUUGUCGGGGGAUGACCGCAACGCGCCUGGCGGCUCGUUCUGGCCGUCGCCACACUGCACGCCGUGGCGCCGCGGUGUCGGGCGGAGACGGCACGAGAAGCCGCCGGAUGGGGUCGAUAGAAAGGGGGCAGGGCGGAGGUUUGAGGAAGUAGGAGGGAAGGCGGAGGAGGAGGGGGAGAAUGGCGAGGAGAGCGAUGGCGGGGAGAUGGAGGCUAAGCGGUGGAUAAGAGGGCGUGUGGGAGUGUAUCUAGGCGUAAUGGCGCUGUUAUUCCUCGCUCUGCUCACCACCGCCUUCACCGCGUGCGGCCUCGUCGCCUGGUACCUCUCGCCCGCCGCCUCCUCCGCUCCCUGCUCCGCCUCCCCGCCCGCCGCCGCGCCCCCAGACGCCUCUCUGCGCGCGCACCUGCUAGUCUCCCUGCAGAACGCGACAGUGGCGGCGCUGCUGCCGCCGCUGAACGCGGUGAACGCCAUGGCCGUGCUGCUCGAGCCCACUGCACGCUCUCUGGGGGCGGCGGGGGUGGCGGUGCCGGGAGGGAGAAGGGCCCGGGAACGGGCGCUAGCGCGGCUCAUGCGCAAGGUCGUCCCAUACAUGUAUCCUGCAUUUCUGGCAGCACCGUCAGUGUCGGCUGUGGUGCUACAGACAUACAACCGCUCUCAACCCACCCAGUUCGUGGGUUACUACCGUAACUGGACUGCUGACUCCCUGCUAGCCCAUGCCUCACACUCAUCACUUUUCUCCGAUAGCCCGCUCUACCCCUCACGUGCGUCUCCGUCUCUCUUCCCACCAUCAAAUGACGUAGCACCGCCGCCUGACAAUGCACCUGUUAACGCACCUGGUAGUAGUCCACCUGACAAUUCUCCUGACAAUAACACGGAAACACCUGGCGCGAUGCUGUCACCUGAGAAUGACACCACUCACAACAACUCGUCCUCUUUGUAUCUCCCUACUCUCCCCCUCCUCUUCGCCUCAACGAUCUUCCUUGGAAUCACCUCUUCCUCUUCCUCUUCCGCCCUGCCUUCCCCCCCAUCCUCCCCCUCCACAACCACUAACACCCUGUCCUCCUACCUCCCCCCCCCGAUUCCCACCCCCCCACCCCCACUGCUGCCCCCCACCUCCCUCCUCACCUCUGCUGCGCACAAGCCCUCCCCCUUCUGGUCUCUUGCGCCCAACGCCUCCGCCUCUCUCCUUGUCGCCUCCCUUCUCCCCCUGGGGGCCUCCGCCCAGCCUAUAGGGGCGUCCGCGCAGCCCUGGGCGGCGCUCUCCGCGCUGCUGCCCUUCCACCAUCUCUCCCUCCUCCUCUCCUCCCUGCCCUUGCCUGCUGGCUCUGCCCUGCUGCUGCUGUCACAGGAUGGCUACCUUGUGGCGUCAUCUCGCCUGCCCUCCCAGCCAGAAUCCUCUGCGCCAUCUGAUGCAGCAGCAGCAGCAGCAGCAGCAACCGCAGUUGCAGCAGUAGCAGCAGAAAGCAGCAGCGAUCCCCUGGUUCGCAGCACUGCUCUGCUGCUAGCACAGCGAUGGGGAUGGGGCAGCCGACAGCAGCAGCAGCAGCAACGGCAGCAGCAGGAGAUAGGGGGCUACGAGCAGGCAGAAGCGCCAGUGCACGAGGCAGCAGUGGUGCUGCAGGACUGGGUCGGGGGGCAGGAAGCGCAGCAGGGUGAGGGUGCAGGGCAGGAAACAACAACAGCAGCAGGGGCAGGGGCAGUGGAGGACCGAGUCAUGUCUCUAGAUGCCGUCCCUUUCAACGCGUCCUCCGGCCUCACUCUUGUCGCAGUCCUGCUGCUGCCCGUAAACUCCUCCGCUCCACCCCCCACCCCCUCCCCUUCCUCCUCCUCCUCCUCCUCCUCCUCCUCCUCCUCCCCCUCCCCUGCGCUGUCCCACGCCACCUCCACCACCAUCCUCUCGAUCUCUCUCACUGCCCUCGCCUGUCUCCUCCUCUCAUCCCUCCUCCUCUGCGCCCUCCUCCCUCUACCCAUCUCCCUCGCCUCCCUCCUCCUCCACCGCUCACUCUCCGCCUCUUCCUCUUCUCCCCCCUCCGUUCCGCGCCCCUCUGCGUCCUUGGCGUCCCUGCAUAGCCUGCUCUCCGUGCGCUCCUCCUCUCUCUCGCUCCUGACGGCCCGCGACAUGGCUGGGCAGCAGGGGGGGGGCGAGCGGAAAGGCAAGAGGAAGGAGAGGUGUGCGUGUGGGAGGGGGGGCGCUGAGCAGAAGAGCCAGUUUAUGGUGAACAUGAGCCACGAGCUGCGCACGCCCAUGGCGGGCAUCAUCGGGCUCAUGGACAUUCUCCAGUGCGACGACAACCUGACGCCGGACCAGCACGACAUCGUGGCGCAGAUCCACCGCUGCGCCAUGGCCCUGCUCGGCAUCCUCAACAACAUCCUCGACCUCUCCAAGGUGGAGGCGGGGAAGCUGGAGCUGGCGGAGGAGCAGUUCAACCCGGCGCGCGAGCUGGAGGGCCUCGUGGACCUCUUUGCCGUGCAGUGCGCGUCGUCGGGACUCGACAUCGCGCUGGACCUCGAUGACGACCUGUCUACCGACGUCGUGGGGGAUGCCCCCCGGUUCCGGCAAAUAUUCGCGAACCUGUUGUCCAACGCCAUCAAGUUCACCCCCCAGGGGUGGAUCACCAUCCGCGGCUACACCCAGCAGCUCGGCGCCUACCGCUCUGCUGCUGACCUCAUCCCCACGCCGCGCUCACACACGCAACCAGAGGGGUUUGGGCUUGGGCUUGAGGGGGUGGGAGGAGGGGGGGAGAGCAGGGUGCCUGCAUGUAAGUCGAUGGGUGCUGUGAGCGAGAGGAACGGUGGGAAGGGGUGGGGUGCGGUGGAGGAGGGGGUGGAGGAGGAGGGGAGAGGGGCGGUGGGGCGGUCGGAGAAAGUGGUGCUGCAUUUCGAAGUGGAAGACUCCGGCGUUGGCAUCCACCCCUCCAUGUGGACACGUGUCUUUGAGUCAUUCGUCCAGGAAGACGAGUCUACCACUCGCGCCCAUGGCGGGUCAGGCAUAGGGCUGAGCAUAGUGAAGGGCUUUGUGGAGCGCAUGGGGGGCUUCAUAGCCGUGGUCCCCAAGAACUCCCCCGGCACCCGCUUCGCCUUCCACCUCUCCUUCCAACGGCUCCCCCACGCCUCCCCCCCCCUCCCCUCCUCCCCCCAUGGCCUCCCCUCCGCCAACCCGUUUCUCCCCAGUGACCCCACCCUCUCCUUCCCCACCUCCCCUCCGUCGCACUCCCUCCCGCCCACACCUGCGUUUGAGCCUCUCUCUGCCUCUCCACCUCACGCCCAUGCAUCAGCUGCACCAUCUGCUACAACAGACACCACCCCUCUCCCUCCACCACCGCCACCACUACCAGCGCAACCAGCAGCAGGAGGGCCCCGUGCGUUCCUUUCUCGGGCGUCCAGGCGUGCGUGUCUCGCCCCGCCGCCAGAGCUAAGAGGCGUGCGGGUGCUCCUGUGUGUGGAAGAUGCCGUGGAUGUGGCGGUAGUGGAGCGCUGGCUGGCGCGCCACAGAGUGAGGGCAGGGCGAACGGAGAGCACCAAGGAGCUGCUAGUGGCAGUUAGGGACUGGGCGGCUAAGGCUAAGCUCAGACACAAGCAGCAGCGGCAGCAGCCGUGGGGGCAGGGGCAGGGUCAGCAGCGGUUGCAGUCGCAGGGGUCGAAUCCGUUUCUGGAUGCAAAUGGCGGCUGCGACCGGACAGAGUCUGUCGCCGCCUGGAGCAUUACUGCUGCUGCUGCGGUUGCUGGUGGUGGUGUUGGCUCUACUGCCAGUCCCGAUGGCAUGGGGCAUGGCGGGGGGGAGGAUGAAGCAGGGCAGCCGCAGCCGCAGCAGCAGCAGCAGCAGCAGCAGCAGCAGCAGCAGCAGCAGCAGCAGCAGCAGCAGGAUGACCAGGAGUUGGGAUUGGACAUAGACACAGAAGAGCGCCUGCUGGUUCUACUAGAAAUCGAGAAGCUACCCGGCAUGGCGCAGACCCCGCCUGAUCUCCCCAAAGUGCGCGCCUUCCUCUCCAAGCUGCGCUCCUUCCAGGCCAGCAGCGUCGUCUUCGCCUGGGUGCUCACCCCCGCUGCCGCCCCCUCCCUCCGCUCCAACCUGCGGGGAUUUUCUGUGGUGAAACCGCUCCACCCGGGGAAGCUGCAGCGCGUGCUGGGGCUCAUGGUGGGGGGGUCGGGGGACGGGGAGGAUGGGGAGGCAGGGAUGGGUAUGGGGGAGGGCGGGGACGGGCUGGGGGGGGGGGGGAUGGCGGUGGAUGGGUCGGGGAUCCCGGUGCUGAGACAAGAGUUGCUGGUGGCGCAGGGGACGGGGGUGCACUUGGCGGUGGAGGCGGCCCGGGCCGAGAAGCUGGAAGCGGUGUGGGAGGAGCUGCAGAGAACCCAUAGCACGGCCAGUACGGCUACUAAUAGCGUUGCCAACAGCGGCCCGCUUACCCAACCACCGCCUGCCGCCACCGCUGCUGCUGCUGCUCCUGCCACUGCUGCUGCUGCUACUGCUACUGCUGCUGGGAUUGGCGGCGGCGGUGGUGGUGGUGGAGGUGGUGGUGGUGCUAUACCUGGUGGUUCGUCGGCAUUCCCUCUGUCUGGCUCCGUAUCCAGCGCCCAUGGUGCUGCGAGCCACAGCAGCCACGUGAGCCACGUGAGCCACGUGAGCCUCAGCAGCAUGGGCAGCGGCAGCGGCACCACGCUCUCGCUCUCCCGCCGCAACAGCUCCGCAUCCAUCGGCUCCGGCCAGCUGGAAUUUCUCCUAGCCAGCGGCAUCGAUCUCGGCCACGAGAUCACCCACAGCAGCAGGCCCCACUGGCCCCGGGGAGGCGGGGGCCUGAGAGGCGGCGGAGGAGGGGGCGGGUUGCAGCGAGGAGCGUCGUCCGUUGCUGCUCUGAUGUCUGGUGGGCUGUUGGACUCGUCCCCCCGGCGAACCAGCUCCAUGUCGUCCCGCUCCCCGCCAGGGAUCUCCCCUCCUCGCCCCUUGCCCAUCCCCCGCCUCGCCUCCGGCCAUACCCCUGGCCGCCCUCCUCCGUUCGCCCCGGUUCCAACUGUUUACCCUCCACCCCCCCGCCGCCUUAUGACUGCUCUCUCCACGCCUCUUGACUUCGCUGCUCCUGGUUUACCCGUCCCUCCCUCUUCCUCUGCUAGUGCUGCUGCUGCUGGUGCAGGCAUGGGUACCCCUGGUGCUUCUCCUCCCAGUGCAUCCCCUGCCCCCACCUCCCGCCCCCUCUCUCUGCUCUCCCCCAUUCCUCACUCCGCCACAUCCACUACCCCCUUCACAACCGCUACCAGCAACAGCAGCAGCAGCAUGGGCAUGGGCAUGGGCAUGGGUAUGGGUAUGGGCAUGGGCAUGGCCCCGCGCUGCUGGUCCGAGGACACUCCGUACUCCGACGGCUCCUCUGCUCUCUCCUCCUCCCGCUGCCCGCCCUCCACUCUCGCGCGCACCAUGUCCAGCGCUGCUGCUGUCAGGGCCCAGCUAGGCGCCACCCUUGCUGCUGCCACCGCCACACGCGAAGCUGCUGCUGCUGCUGCUGCUGCCGCUGUGGCCGCAGCAGCAAGCGGAGGAGGAGGAGGCGGAGGAGGCGGAGGCGGGGGAGGGGGAGGGGGAGGAGGAGGAGGGGGGUUUGGGGAGAGCAGGGCGAGGGGGGUCGGGGGGAGCUUGAGUAUGAGCAGGGAGGGCAGUGGGGGGAUGGCUCGCCCGGCAACUCACACAGGGUCGUCGGGGCGGCCGCCGCUUGGGAGGCUGCCAGCGCCGGGGCUGAGUCCACUGGGGCAGCGCAUCAGCGCGUCGUUCAACGUGAGGAUGGUGGCUGCUGGCGUCAGUGCUGCUGUGGAGGCCGUUGGGAUUGGUGGUGCAGGCAGCAUCGGGAACAGCGGUGGCAGCAGCGGCAGCGGUAGUGGUAGCGGUGGCGGUGGGGUGGUGGGUGGAGCGAAAGCAGCAGGAGAGGCAGCAGCGGGUACUGGGUUUGGUGGCGGUCGUGGUAGGGAUGCUGUGGCUGCGCCUGCCACUGCGUAUGCUAGUGCGACUGCUCCUGCUGCUGCUGACGAUGCUGAUGCUGGUAGUGGUGGUAGCGGGCGGAUGGGGAUGGGGAUGUUGCAGCGAGCAGAGGGGUCAGCAGUGGACGCAGCAAGGGGGGUGAGUGAGGUGAUGGGGGAGAUAGGCCAAGAGAAGGGCAGGGUGGAAGGAAGAGCGGAGGGCAAGGAGAGGGGUGGUAGUGCCGAGGGGGAGAGAGCAGAUGAGGUGAUACGGCCAUCAGUGAGAGACGCUGUGAGGCAGUUUGAGGAAGCAGUCAGGACCACUGUUGGCAGCGGCAUCAGCAGCGGCAUCAGCACCAGCAUCAGCAGUGGCAGCAGUCCCCUAGGCAGUGGGCGCAGGCCCAACACGAGUGGCGGCAUUGGUAUUGGCAGCGGCAGAAUCAGCAGCAGCAGAAUCGGCAGCGGUAGGAGUGGUGCAAGUGCAGUGGGCAUAUCAGCAGAUAGUGGAGAGAUGGGAGCAAGUAGAGGGGGUGAGGAUGAGUCUAUUGGGAUGGCAGAGGGGGGAAUGAGGAGGCCGAGAACGAGUGAGGGACGGACGGAAAGAGUAGUUAUAGAUGGGGUAGAAAGAGAGGCAUGGAUGGGAGGCGGUGAGAGGGUGUUGAGACGGGGACUGAGGGGUGCAGAUGGGUGGGAGGCACAGGAGGGUGGAGCUGAGAGCAGAGAGAUGCAGCAGGGAUACAUGGGAGCUGAUAUUCUGGAGAUGAGGCGGGCAGGUGAUGGCGUGGAGGGCGGAGGAGAGGCACAGUUGGAUUCGCCUCAUCCGGGCUCUCGUGCACGGCGAUUCGGCUCCAGCGAUUCUCGUGAACAGAGAUUCAAUUCUCCUGAACUGAGAUUUGAUUCUCGAGAGGCACGGCAAAACGAAUUCCGGGCGCUGAAUCGGCCGCUGGGAGGCUCAAGGGAGGGGAAAGGGAGAGUGGGAGGGAGUUUCAACGAGAGGAGUGCUGGCGGAGCGAGUUUCAGGGAGUGGGGUGGCGUAGGGGGAGGGAGCUUUAGAGAAAGGGCGGGAGUAGGGGGGAGCUUUAAGGAGCGAGAAGGAUUGAUUGGGAGCUUCAAAAAGCGCGUAGGAUUUGGAGGGAGCUUUAGGGAAAGGGCAACCAGGGGAGGAAGUUUCACAGAAAGAGAGGGAAGCUUUAGAGAAAGAGGGGGGUGUGUUAGAGAAAGAGAGGCAGGCGCUCGGGAGCGAGAGGGAGGUGACAGCAGCGGCAGGGGCAGUGCAGGGGGCGUGGGGGACAGCAGUUUCUAUGAAGAUAGAAUGAGAAGCCCGGGCCGGUUUGCUGCAAGUGAGUCCCUACAGGGCCAAUCCUGUGGACGCAGUGGUUUGGGUGGGGCAUCUGGGGGAACGGGAGCAGCAGACGAGGCAGGGAGGAGUGGAGCUGUGGAAGGAGAGGUUGGGGAUGAAGGGGUGAGCCUGGAGAGACUGCCAGAGGUGGCUGCUGCAGCAGCAGCACAGGCUGGCGGGAAGGGGAAAGUGCGCAAGGUGGCAAAGGGAGCAACGGCUAGUGGCAAGGGAGUGAAGGGGAAGUCGAAGGGGGAGAAGAAGGGGAAGGAUGUUGCUUCGGCAGGGAAGGAAGGGGGGAAAGCCGUGGGGACGGGAGUGGGGAAGAGAGUUGGGAAGGGAGCAGGGAAGGAAGUGGGGCACGCAGCAGCUGCAGCAGACGGUGCAGAGGGGGUGGGUGCAGGGAGCGGGUGUAAGGUGAGCAAGAAGGGCGUGGGUGUCGUGAAGAGAAUGGGCAGCAAGUUGGGUGGGAAGAAGAGCAAGGAGGCAGGGGGGGUUGAGACUGAGAGGGAGGGUUCGGCUAGUGAAGGUGUGAACGGGACAGUUCAGCCAGAGGGCAAGGCAGGCAAGGCGGGCAAAGUGGGAAAGGUGGGCAAGGUGGUAGUGAAGAAGAAGAAGGGCAUCAAGACAGGAGAUGCAGGCACUGCAGGCACAGCAGGCACAGCAGGCACAGCAGGCACAGCAGGCACAGCAGGCACAGCAGGCACAGCAGGCACAGCAGGCACAGCAGGCACAGCAGGCACAGCAGGCACAGCAGGCACAGCAGGCACAGCAGGCACAGCAGGCACAGCAGGCACAGCAGGCACAGCAGGCACAGCAGGCACAGCAGGCACAGCAGACAUAGUGGAGAAGACAGGGAAGGUAGGAGCAGCAAAGAAAGUGGGGACGGCAGGGAGAGCGGCCAAGGGAGAGAAGGCGGGGAAAGUAAGAAAGGUGGUGAAGAAGAGCAAGGCUGCCAGUGCUGUGCUGGGAGGUGGGGGUGCUACGGACCAUGCAGCUGCUGCUGUUGCUGCUGAUGAUGAUGAUGACGACGACGACUCUGGUGCUGGUGGUGCUGCUGGUGCUAGUGGUGCUGCUGGUGCUGGUGCUGGUGGUGCUGGUGCUGGUGCUGGUGCUGGUGGUGGUGUUGGUGCUAGUGGUGUGGGUAUAGGUGAUGGCAACACGUUGAAGGUUCAGGAAGCCAGAGAGCGUGGCGUGAGGGUGGUGGGCGGGCAGCAUGGCACAGCAACUUUGCAGGAGCGCCAGCUGACAGCAGCAGCAGCAGCAGCAGCAGCAGCAGCAGCAGUAGGGUCGUUGCAGGAUGGUACGAUAGCAGCAGCGGUCGCAGCACGCACUACAGCAGCUUCAGAACCAGCAGCAGCACCAGCAGCAGCAGCGCGAGUGACAGCAGCAACAGCCCCAGCAGUCACUAAGGAAAAGUUACAAGCAGCAGCAGCAGCAGCGGCAGCAGCAGUGGGAGAGCCAUUGAGUCACCGCAAGUCCCUGGACACCGCUCCCCCUCGCUUCAUCAACACGUCCACGUCUCGUGCCAUGAGCAAGAGCCAGUCCGCCUCCACAAUCCCCAUCUCCUCCCACCUCACCACCGCCGCUGCCUUCGCCUCUUCCUCCACCCUCACCCCCCCUGCCGCCACCGCAGCCGCCGCCUCCUCCUCCUCCUUCUCCUCCUCCUCCUCCAACUCCUCUGUCUCGCUCGCAAUCCCCUCCCCCAAAACCCACCCUCCCACCGCCCCCUCGACUCCCCAACGCUCCCCUCCCCCCCCUCGGAGCCCCUCUGGGGGGUUCAACGGAAAGGCUCUGACCUCUCUCCGCCUGGGAGGCUACUGCGUGCUGCUGGCUGAAGACACCAUGGUGAUGCGGCGCCUAGCCACCAUGAUGCUGGAAAAGAUGGGAGCGGCGGUCACCGCUGUAGAGGACGGGCAGGCCGCGACUGAGGCGGUGGUGGAGAGGGAGAAGGCAGUGGCAGCGGGGCGAUCUGAGCCGUUCGAUGCUGUGAUCAUGGACUGCCAGAUGCCGCGGAUGGACGGGUACGGGGCGACGAGGUGGAUCAGGGCGAGGGAGAAGGAGGCAGGGGAUGGGAGGCACCUGCCGGUGGUGGCGCUGACGGCUCAUGCCAUGGCGAGUGACCGGGAGCAUUGCCUUGCUUCGGGCAUGGAUGCGUAUUUGACUAAGCCCGCUAACGCGGCGCAGCUGGUGGCCACGCUGCAUAAGCUCGUGAAGAAGGCGCCAUCGUGAGGCCAGCCGGCACGACAGGAAGCGGUUGGGUACCAGCUGCUGCCCUGGUUUUUAGACGUCUCGGAGCCAGGCUGGUGACCACGCUGCACAAGCUCGUGAAGAAGGUGCCGUCGUGAGCGAUGGUGUGCAGCCAGCCAGCGCGACAGCAACCCAGUUGCCAGAUGUGACUAGUUUGGAGACCACUCGGAACCGAGCUGGUGAAGAAGACACCGUCGUGAGACAUGGCGCGGCUGGUGAGCGGCAACCGGCGCAACAGCAACCAGUUACCAGCCACUGCCCUGCCGUAAUUUGAGAUGUCAAGGAACCAAGUUGGUGAAAAGGCGCCGUCGUGAGGGAUGGUAUGCGGCCCGCGCAACAGCAACUCCGCUACAGCAAUCGGUCCACCCGCCGCAGCAAGAUUCGAGACGUCUCACAUGACCAAGCUGGUGAAGAAGACGCCGUCUUGAGUGAUGCCUGCCUGCCUGCCUGCCGUUUGGCACGUUUUUUUAUGGGUUCGAGAUCUGUGGCCACUCGGCCACUCAGCCAGGCACCGGUGAUUGAUUUGGAGAACAAACGUACCCUGUGCAGCACGGCGAGCAGAUGAGGGCCUCAGAUAUCAGGAUGUUUUAUCCUGAAUUCCUGAUUUUCAGGAUGAGUAUGAGGUGCCAGUGUUAACGUAGAAACGAAUGAUUUACUAGAGGUGGAAACCUAGAACAAAUACUAGUUGGUUGUACUCACUAGAAGCAUACCUCAGUCUA